AUUUGUAAGCUCUGAAGGACAUCCUGAUCCAAGUAAAUCUGUGGCUCCCAUGGCCUCUAAAAUCCCAGAUGCUACCAACAGUUCUCAUUUCUCAAUUCUCUCCAGCAGGAAAAAAUUCAAUUUCUUUUGAAAUGCCUCACCCUAAAUUUCUACUCCCGACUUCUUCUCCCUCCAUCUUUCUCUCCCCCCUCCGAAACCCAACGGCUAGUUUUUCAAAUCUCAACACCAAGGAGCUCCUCCUCGCCUCCUUAGCUCCCUUAGCCUUUGCCUUAACCUUGAACUCUCCUCUUCCCUCUCUUGCUAUUCCCCCUCCAAUUUCCCAAACUGCCCCUAGACUCCCUCCUCCAACUCCCUACUCCCAAUCCAAGAGCUUCCAGAUAGGACUAGAAAAUGGGAAGAUUAGGGUUUGUCCUUCAGUGAACCCCGGGUGCAUCUCAACGAACCCGAAGUCUUCAUCGUUUGCUUUCCCCUGGGUGAUUCCUGAGGAUGCAUCAGAGAGUGCAGUUGAGAGAUUGAGGGAGGCUAUUUUGAAAACACAGAAGAAUGCAAAGAUCGAGGUUAAUGAAGAAACUCCAGACGGCCAAUAUUUACAAGCAGAGGUCGAUGGGGGAUUUGGACGCGAUGUCAUGGAGUUCUUGAUCAAAAGAGAUGUUGUUGCAUAUCGCUCUAUGGCCACAAAAGUUACAUAUGUUUACCCCUUUACCACUGCGUUAGGCGACUCCAAAGGUCAGAAGGAAAGGAUGAACAAAAUUGUUGAAGAGUUAGGAUGGUCUGCCCCCAGUUUUGAUACUAUGGAUCAAUCUGAGCAAUAUUCACCAGAGGAGUAUAUAGAGUAGCGUUCUUCCUCUUCUUGCUUUUACUUUUUUUUCGAAUGAACCCGUGAGCCGCUUCCAAUGCCACUUAUACAAAAAGUGCUAUAUGUCAAUUCUAUUUCCUUAAUUGCUAGACAAAUUGUUAUGAUAAAUAAGUUUUCUGCUUGUGCAUGAUAUUUUGAAA